UCAACAAACUCAUGGAUUUCAGGUUUAGUCAGCAGAGCGACAGUACGGAGAAGAUGAUCAGACGCAAACUCAACAGAAUCGAGAACAAGUUAAAUCUUGUCUUCCAGCACCUCGGGGUUGAAGUGGACGACGAUGACGACAACGACCAAAGUGAAGACGACGACGACGAAGGCAACGACGACGACGCUGCUAAGAUUCCUGAUAUACCCGAGGGUGAUUUCCAGGGUCAGUCACAGGCAGAACCAGAACCAGAAGCAGAACCAGAAGCAGAACCAGAGGCAGAACCAGAAGCUGAACCAGAGCCUGAGCCUGAGCCUGGGUGCAAGUGUAAGGACAAGACCAAAACACAAACUGGUUCACAGCAGGACGAAGCAAAACCUGAAACGGAUAUGGAUCCUGAGUGUGAACCUGCAAGUGAACCGGGACAAGAGACUGGAAGUGAACCGGAACAGGAGGCUGGAAGUGAACCGGGACAAGAGACUGGAAGUGAACCGGAACAAGAGGCUGGAAGUGAACCGGGACAGGAGACUGGAAGUGAACCGGGACAGGAGGCUGGAAGGUGAACCGGGACAGGAGGCUGGAAGUGAACCGGGACAGGAGGCUGGAAGUGAACCGGGACAGGAGGCUGGAGGUGAACCGGGACAGGAGGCUGAAGGUGAACCGGGACAGGAGGCUGCAAGUGAACCGGGACAGGAGGCUGCAAGUGAACCGGGACAGGAGGCUGCAAGUGAACCGGGACAGGAGGCUGCAAGUGAACCGGAACAGGAGGCUGGAAGUGAACCGGGACAGGAGGCUGCAAGUGAACCGGGACAGGAGGCUGCAAGUGAACCGGGACAGGAGGCUGCAAGUGAACCGGGACAGGAGGCUGGAAGUGAACCCGGACAGGAACCCAACAAGUCGUCUGAAGCAGCAUCAUCGGAGAACACAUCGGGAGAGAGCGACGCCACGCAGCCAGACACCGGGGACAGCAAACCCUCGGAGGAGAAGGAGAAGCCCUUGGAGUCUGACGCAGAAUCCAUCACAACUUUAAAGCCGCGACCAGCAUCCAAGCCCACGCCCAUGCCGGUGUCCGAGCUCCUCGUCACCACCAUGGGCCUCUUCGACAGCCAAGAGGACGACAAAAGCCCCGAGAACGUUUCAGAUCCUAAUGACUCCCAGUCAGACGAGCGGGCAGAGGGAUUCGAGCGAACAUCACAAAAGAACCCAGGAACUUACGAUAACCUCUCGCUGGUGAGACCGCUGGUGAGGCGACCCCCGCUCCUCGCCAACAACCCGCUGCCCACAGUAGCCCUGAGGAGGCGCGUGCCGAUUCAUGUGCCGGGGCCGUUAGUGCGGGAGUAACUAGCGUCAGCACUGUGGAUGGACUGAUCGACUGAGUGAUUGAGUGAGUGAGUGUCAAUGCAAGGAAGACAAGUCAUAAACGGAAGGACAAUGACGCGUUAGCAAGUUUAGAGUAUCCAUUUGCAUUGCUGUUUGCACUGCAGUUUGAGCUUAUGCAAUUAUCUAAUUUUCGGAGACAAAAUAUCAAACUGUACUGCUUCAGAAUGGAUGUAUAUGUUGUAUCCUUAGUUACGUCAAGUCUGUAAGCCUUAAACUGUACACACAUGUACAGCUGACGUGUUGACAUAAGCCAUGCAGGAGUGGCUCCAUACACACGUACGCUCCCUACCGCCACCUCCACCAGGCUGUCAUUCAACCACUCGGUUGCUUACAUGACAGACUAUAGGAAAUAUCUAUUGUAUCCUUUAAGUAAUUAGACUAGCUCAAAAUUUAUAUAUAUAUAUAUAUAUAUAUAUAUAUAUAUAUAUAUAUAUAUAUAUAUAUAUAUAUAUAUAUAUAUAUAUAUAUAUACAUAUAUAUGUAAACAUUGGAACCGUUGCUCAGAAUACAAGCGUAAGUUUAGAAUAAUUCCAUGUUUAUGAAGAUAAGCAGCAUUAUUGAGCCAUCUCGUCGUUAGUUAGGUGUUUCCUGUUUGUGUUUUGCUUUCGAGGCAUUAUUACUUUAGGCUUCACGUGUUUCCUUUUUUCCCUUUUAAAUAAAAUGUCCACGCGAA